AAAAAAAUUCAGAAGUAGAAGAAAAACCCACCACCCUCAUUUUUUAGAGCAAAAGAAAAACCUCUUUGGAAGAGAAAAGGAAAAAAGAAGAAGAACCAGAGGAGGGCCAAGUUUAACAUUUUUUUCUUUUGCAAAAGUGUGACCAAAAACGAAAUAUUUUGUGGUUGUGAUUGGAGAGAAGGAAAGGAAAAGCGAGAGAAGAAAAACGGGGGGGCGGCAGAUUUCAUCGCCAUUUCGCCCAGAGAAGCCACCCGUUUGGGCGCAGAUGAGAAAUUUUGGGGGAUUUUCCGUGAAGGGUGCGUGAAGAGUCUUCGUUGGGUGAAAAAAGGUGUUUCCUCCCUUUCUUUUAUGUUGAAAAGUGUUUAAGCAUAAAAUUUCUGCAGGUGCGCGCCCCCAAAAUUAUAUUUUAAAAUAAUUUUGUGAAGUGCGUGUGGUGUGCGGAAAUUCGGCAGAAAGGAAGAUUUGCGUAGCGAAAAAAAAGAGAAAUUUUUGGGCUUUUGCAUCAACUGCGCGGGGAGACAAAAAAAAGGGAAAUUUUGGUACAUCAUCCCGUUUUUUUUCUCUUCAUUUGUCCGUCGUGCUUAUACCUCUCCCCCUCGGGCUUGUUCACAUCCCUCAACCCCCACAGAACACACAAACACACACACACACGGUUCAAGGAGGGAAAAAAGCUCGAGCAGAGAAGAGAAGAGGAAAAAAAGCUCCUCCACACUGGCCAUUUGUGGGAUAAGGGUGUGUGUGGUGCAUCAACGUUUUGUGCAAUAACAGGGCGUGAGAGGCAUUGAAGGAGAGAGCGUGAGGAAGUCACGACACAGGCACACCACAAAGCCCAAAAGGAGACAUGGAUUAGGACAAUUUGUGUGCUGUGCAGGGCUCAGUGAAGGAGCAACAUCACACACGUAGAGAAGAAAAAAGGGGUGGAUACAUCGUGGCACAAGGGAGGAAGGAAAAAGGAGGAAGAUCCGGUGGUGUGUUGCUGCUGCCGCUGAAGAAAAGUUAAAAGAGAGAGAAAAAACGGGAAAAAAGGUGUGUGCGCUGCGGGAAGAAAAUGGAUGAUGAUGCCGUAUCGAGUCCGCACUUGAUUGGAGUCGCGUGAGCCUCGAGGACCGGCAGAAUCGUGAACACACCACAAGAUACCACAAAAUGGCGGAUGGUGGACACUCAUUUGGGAAGAAGACAUUUCACAAGCCAACCUACUGUCAUCACUGCUCAGAUCUCCUCUGGGGGCUAAUUGGACAAGGCUACAUUUGCGAAGUGUGCAAUUUCAUUGUGCAUGAGAGAUGUGUGACGAACGUGGUGACGCCUUGUUCAGGAAUAGCCCCCAGCAUCAUCAAGAAUCCCGUUGCCCAUUGCUGGUCGGAGCCGACACAUCACAAGAGGAGAUUCUGCACGGUGUGUCGGAAGCGACUUGACGAAACUCCCGCCGUGCACUGUAUGAUUUGUGAGUACUUUGCCCAUGUGGAAUGUCAGGAUUUUGCUGUGGCGGAUUGCAAGGAGAACGCCACGUAUGUCCCCGGCAAGGAUUUAGCGUCUGUGAAGCAUCAGCAUCACUGGCGAGAGGGUAACUUGCCGCAGACAUCCAAAUGCUACCACUGCAAGAAGUCCUGCUUCUCAUCAGAAUGUCUCACAGGCUACCGAUGCGAAUGGUGCGGUGCAACGUGUCACGGCGGAUGUCGCAGUCUUGUGAAUCCAGAGUGCAAGUUCGGUGUCCUCGAGCCAAUCUAUUUACCGCCACAUGCUGUUUCUAUACCUCGUACUGAAGUGCCAAUGGAAGCUAUUAUUGGUGUCCAAGUCAAAUCAAGGAGUACACCAUUGCAGAGAGACUAUUCCUGUCCGGAAUUGAGAACAAUCGGUCUCUGUGAUGCGACUGAUAGUGAAUUAUCAAUAAGGCAUCUCGAUAUGAAUGCCAAGGAGGCACUAAAGCAAAUGCACCUCCUACCAUCGCCAAGCAUGGGAGAUCCGAAGAAUCGGAGCUGGCCAAAGAUUGCCAGUAGACGAAGGGCGGCAGCUGAUGGUGAUCGUCUGGAGGCACGUGAUAUUUUGGAUAUUGAUGAUUGCGCUGAGGCGCACAGUGAUUACUCUAGCUGUAACUUAGAUGUAGGCGUACGCAAGGAUAAGCGAGCCCACAGUGCGGAGAAUGUGAAGAGUGGCAAGAUGGGUGGUGGUGGUGGUAGGGCACGGUGGCAGGUGGAACGUCUUAAGGCGUCGGAAAUGGUGACACGGAGUAGAUCAUUUCAGGAGCAAGGUGUGCAGCCGCCAUUCCUAAAGAAUUCGCGCUUCUUUGUCAAUCGUUUGGGUCACUCGAGCAGCAAUCUCGGCGCAAUGGAGGACUCCCUCAGUCACAGCAUGGAUCUCACGCAGCAUCCCAUGAAGAUGUCCCAAAGUGUGGAUAUUCGUAUUGAAAUUGGAGACUAUUGCGAGGGGAAAGGUCAUCCCACCACCACCACCACCACUUACCUGCCCUAUCAACAAGGACACAAUACCACCACCGUGAAAAGUGGACACAUUUUGGGACGAAUUUUCCGGCGUAUGCGAAAGAUCUCCCUGGCGUGGAGAAAAUCGAGAUGUAAAAUUCACAGAGCGCGAAGCAUUUCCGAAGAAUUUAGCAGUGGAGACGCUGCCCGAUUUCGCGAUGAGGAAUACACAUCGAAGCCUGAAGGGGCAUGUGCCUCAGGAAGUCAUCCAAGAGCAGAGUCGGCGCACAAAUCCGAUAAGGAUAAGGAGAGGAGGGACAAGGAGAAGGAGGACAAGGAUGAAGAAACUAUCAAAGUAUUUGAUGGAAAUUCCUCACUGCGACGACGAAUAUUCCGAGCAAUUACAGUUUCACGAACAUGUACUUUAGAUCAAUUACUAACAACAGCACUUCGUGCAUUCCACAUUGCACGAAAUCCUAGCGAAUUCUUCUUGACGGACUUGUAUGCACAGGGUGGUGAGGAAGUACGCGUGCAGGAUCCCCAUCCAGUGCUGACACUCACACGUAUUGAGGGAAAACGUCCGGCAAUCUUCCUGCGAUUUCGUGACAAUGAAAAUGACAAGGGAUUCGUACGCGUGUACCCGGGAAAGUUGCAGCUGGACGACAUCGAGGAGUCCUUUGUGGCUGUGCCAGUGGACAAUGACACCACGGUGCGUGAUCUCAUCCGGGAUGCUCUGAACUUGUUUGCCCUCGAGGGGCGCAAUGUGGAUGAGUACCGUUGCCUGGAGGUGUUGCUGGAUCGUGGUGUCACCGAGAGGAUUCUCUGCAACAAUGAGCGCCCGUGGGAGAUUAUGAAGCAGCUGGGGAGGGACUCAAUUCGACAAAUGGAACUCAUGCGGUUCUAUUUGCAGCACAAACAGGAUCCACAUGGUCCGAAUUUGGCACUAUUCGUUGGCAAUCUACCUCCAGGACUCUCCCAGAGAAAUUACGAGCAUAUGCUAAAUAAAUAUGUGUCUGAGGAUAAAUUCACCAGCAUUGGUCCAAUUUACUAUGAAUACGGAUCUGUUGUGAUAACGUAUGAAGACGCUUCGAAGGCGGUUCGUGCUUUUUAUACACUGCGUGAGGCAAUCUGCGAAGGGAAGAACCUUCUUGUGCUUCUGUUGCCAAACAUCGAACCGAGCAUGGUGCGUCCGGAAACGUUCCCGCUCCUUGUCUUUGUCAAUGUUAAAUCCGGCGGAUGUCAGGGUCUCGAAUUAAUUUCAAGCUUCCGUAAAUUAUUAAAUCCCUACCAAGUGUUUGAUCUCGACAACGGUGGACCACUUCCAGGACUGUACGUGUUUCGGCACAUUAAGACCUACAAGAUUCUCGUGUGUGGCGGUGAUGGGACAAUAGGAUGGGUCUUGCAGUGUCUGGACAAUGUUGGCCAAGAUUCGGAAUGUUCGAGUCCACCGUGUGCAAUUGUACCACUAGGAACGGGGAAUGAUCUGGCGCGUGUCCUUCGAUGGGGACCUGGCUACACCGGCGGUGAAGAUCCGCUGAAUUUGUUACGCGAUGUAAUCGAAGCGGAAGAGAUUCGAUUAGAUCGCUGGACGGUGGUCUUCCAUCCGGAAGAUAAGCCAGAGGACGUCGCGCCAAAAGCGCCAUCGAAUUCAACGGGUAAGAAGAAGAAGAAGGUCCGCACAGCACAGCCUUCUCAACAGAAUCAGCAACUUCAUCUUGCGGCCAUUGCAAAUCAAGGUGGAGGGGCACAGAGUGAGGAUAAUUCGCAGAUUUUCGUGAUGAACAACUACUUUGGGAUUGGCAUUGAUGCCGAUCUCUGUUUGGACUUUCACAAUGCACGCGAGGAGAACCCGAAUAAAUUCAAUUCACGCCUCCACAAUAAAGGUGUCUACGUGAAGAUGGGACUUCGGAAGAUGGUUGGGAGGAAGAUUGUUAAGGAGCUCCACAAGGAGAUUCGUCUGGAGGUUGAUGGGAAAGUUGUGGAGCUGCCCCAAGUUGAGGGAAUCAUCAUUUUGAAUAUCUUAAGUUGGGGCUCAGGUGCAAAUCCGUGGGGUCCAGAGAAGGAGGAUCAGUUUAGUAAACCAAAUCACUGGGAUGGAAUGCUUGAGAUUGUCGGAGUGACGGGAGUUGUGCAUUUAGGUCAGAUUCAAUCUGGUCUUCGGUCUGCAAUUCGCAUAGCUCAGGGUGGCCACAUUAAAAUCCACAUGUACUCCGAAAUUCCUGUCCAAGUGGAUGGGGAGCCAUGGGUUCAGAGUCCCGGUGAUGUUGUUGUCCUCAAGUCAGCCCUCAAGGCAACAAUGUUGAAGAAAAGUAAAACAAAGCGACGUCUUACGGAACCGAUAAUUCAGCCGGCCGUGGCGGGGUCGACGUCUCAAGGGGGGCCGCAGCCGGAAAAUGGGGACCGAGAUAAGGAGCCCCUUGGCACAUAGAGAACCCGUCCGUCCGGUCCUAGUUUGCUUUUUUCCUGCUUUCUCUGAUUCACAACAAGACACAAAAGCUGUGCGCAAAAAAACAUCUUUUUUCCCGCCAAAAUCCCGCUGCCCACAAAAAACUCAACAAAUUUCACAUUUUUUCUUUUUACUUUUACAAAAGAAUUUAUUAAUUUUCUUUGAAAUAUUUUUUUAUUCGUGAUUUUGAUUUUAUUUCAUUUAGUUUUUUUUUUCAUUUACUUUGAGUCCCCUUGAUUGCGAUUUUCUCAUUUCCACGAGCACUCGUUUUUUGUAUUCCGUUUUAUUUGUCUUAUUUACUUUUAUUCUCAAAAGGAGUUUAUUCAUUUUAUUAAGGAUAUGUCAUAAAAUCAUUUGAAAAUACGCACUGGACCAAGAAAACGUUAAAGAAUUGAUAAAAAAAAUUAAAAGAUUUUCAAGAUUUUCUUUGUCCAUUUUCAGUACCUUCAAAUGAUUUAAUGAAUGUAAGAAAAUGAAUAGACUCCUUUACCUUUCGUUUCUAUGUCUCUGUGGACAAAAAGUGUGAGGAUGAGAAGGACAUUCGAGUUUUAGACGUGCUGAAAAAAUCGUGUGAUUUGAAUUUAUCCUUAGUUGAUGAGUUUUUAUCCCCUAUAUUUUUCAUGAAUGUUUGAAAAUAAAAAUAUCCUAAUUUUGUAGCACAUUAACGGUUUAGGGAAAAUUCUUAGGGCUAAAUCAGAAUUAUUAUGAAAAAAAAAAUACUCACAAAACAAAUCUUUUUUUGUCAUAAAAUGUAAGCUUUUAAAGCUCUUAAAGCAAGAAAAUCAAUGCUUUUCCAUAGCUUUCGGUUUGUCUGAAACUAAAGAAGAUUCCGAAUAUGCUGAUGAAAAGCUUGAGACCAAACGUCGAAAGCUUAAAAAAAAGUCUUUAAAAAAUUUUUAUUAAAAAUUUUGCAAAAAUAACUAAAAUGUGCUAUAAAAUUUAAACAUUAAUCGUUAGUAAAUAUAUAUUUAAUUUGAUUAAAUUAUAAUUUCUAUUGUUCUGCAAAAUUUAUUUUCUCAAUUUUCUAUUUCUUUUAUAUUUUUUUCUUUUUGAACGUUCUCCAAAAGAAACUUUUUCUUUUCAAUUAUUUUGUUUAAAUCCACAUCAAUGGAGUAGAAUGUAAAUUAUAGUUUUUUUUAAAGAGCAAUUAGUUUGAUUGUAGAUUUUUUUUCAACCCCCACACACUGUAAAUAGCAGAGCAAAUAAGGACUUUAUGCAUUUAGCAGUUUUUUUUUUGCAUUUUUUCGCAUGCUUUUAUCUACGACAAAUACUUUUUUUAUGCUUGCUUUUGCACAAUAUUUUCUUUGAAUUUCUUUCACGCUGGAAAAUUUGCAUUUUAGCUGAUUGAGGAGAGAGAGAGAGAGCUUUUUGGUUAAAGAGGAAGAGCAUUUGUUUGCGUAAAUAGAUUGCAAAAGAAACAAAAGGACAUUAUGCACGAUGCAUCAUAAGGAAUUUAAGGAAUUGUAUGAUAAUUAUCGAAAUUGAAAUUGUCUGUUUUUAAAGUUGAGAGCUUUUCUUUAAUAUUUCCUGGAUAUUCUUACGUUUUUUUCUCGAUUCUUGAAAAAUAAUCCGCAAAAAUUUAGUUACAAAGAGGAGCUUUUUUUAUAAUUUUUGGGGACUUUUUUUGAUGCAUUGUACAUAAUGUCCUUGGCCAUAAUUCAAUUAAAAUAUUAAUUUGAAUUCCUAAAGCAUUAUACGUGGCUUGAAGAAGGUCUCAAACUAUAUAAAUCAUUGCUUGUAUCAACAGUAAUUUUAAUCAUUUUCAACAAGUGCUGAUGCAACCGACAAGUCCAUAAAAAUUCUCUUUAAUUUUCUAUUUACGAAAGCAUGCAAAACUUUCCUCUUUUUACAGUUUUAUUCAAAUUAAAUUAGAUUACUUAGAAACUUAUAGAAAUAAAUGCUUAAAUCAUUCUGCAAUGACGAAUUGAGAGCUUUCUGUGGCUUAAAAGUCUUCAGAGGCGACGCAUCUCUAUUUCCUUCUAUAUAGCUCUAUAUAAAUAAUUUCUCUUUUAUUCUUUUAUUUUUUUAUUUUUCAAUAUUUACUAUUUAAUUAUAUUUCAUUUAUUUAAUAAAAAUCUCGCAAUCAUCUUACUAUAAGAAUUUUAUUAUUAUUACAUUUAAAUUUGAAGAAAAACAAAAAUUGAGAACGCAAUUCUUAAUUUCUUCUUUUUCUUUUUUUCUUCCUUCAUACAUUUUACUAUGCCCACGAAAACAACAAAAUCAAUUUGAUAAUUAAAAAAAAAAUGAUGAAAAUCUUCAACAAAAAAAAUCAUUCAAUACAUACAAAAUACACAUGUUCCUUCUAUGAAAAAAAACCAUCUGAAUUUACGAUAAAAAAAUGAAUUUUCAAAACGCGGGAAAAUGAAAAAAAAAAAAAAAAUAACUUUGGACCGGACGGUUAGGCGACCAUGUUGAAGAAGUGCAAAGGGAAGAUGAAGCGUCGCAACACGGAACCAACAAUGGCCCUGGGUCCCUCAACACCCGCCAUGUCUUUAGCUGUAGCACCGCAGGAUAAUGAUGAUAACAAUGAGACGGAUUUCUGAAUUUGGUACAACGAGCGACUUAUUUAACGUGCAUUCACUGACUUGGGUAUAAAUGUGACAAAAACACGCGCAAGAGAGAGAUGAAAUGUCCGCCAUUGUGGCGUCUUGGCGGCCAUGUUGGUCCAUUUUUUUUUAAAUUUAUUUCUACAUUUAGGAAUUAUUUUGUAAAAGUUUAAAUUAAAAAGAAAUCAGGGGAAGAGAUUGAAUGCUAAAUCUCUGUAUGAUGAAGAACCCACCAAAAAAACAAAAAUAAAAUGAAAAAUAUGCGCUAAUGAGGUCAGAGACACAAAACUUUUGCUACUCUGAAUAUUAAUUAUUGUAAAUUGUCUAUUUUAAAAUCAUCUUGGUCCAAUGAAAUGUUUUUGCAAGGAGCUUAUGUCAAAUUUUUGACAUUACAAUGUCAAAAGGGUGCUGAUUUAAACGAUUUUAUGGGUUGUUUCUUUGAAGUAAAACAAGUGCCAUUUGUCUGUAUUUUCUCUUUAUUUUCACAUGAAUUUUCUAAAAGAAAUGAAAGUGGAGAAAAAGCUGAGAAAGCUAAUGAAGAACGUUCUCAAUGACAGAUCAAAUGACAUUUGAAAUUCAAACCAUCAACCGUCAAAAAUGGCAACUUUUCAGUACAAGACAAAGUUCUUUUUUAAUUAUUACAUCAAAGAAGAAUUUUUUACUGCAGGAUGCAAUGCAGUGAAAGAUUCUUCUCAUGUGUGUAUGCAAGAACAUUUCACUGGAAGUGACGUGAUUUGAUGAUAUAGCAAAAGUUGAGAGAGAACUUUGCAAAGAACAGAAGGAAAAAAAUGAGAAAACUUUUCCACAGCUUCACCCACCUUUUCUUUCUCUCAAACAAUGCAAAAUAUAGAUUUAAACAAAAAAAAAAGAAGGAAAAGCAAACACAAAACUCAAAACCAGAAAGCACAAAAGCCAGUCAAUUGUGACUGCAUGUUAAAGAAGUUGCUCUAAAAGACAUUUUUUUUCUUUCAAAAGUGUCAUCAUAUAAUUUUCCAAAAAAAAAGAAAUGAAAAUGAAAAGCACGAAAAACUAUUUUUAACCACAAAAAAAAAAGAAAAUUGUGUCCGAGACAUUAAAUGUGAGGAAAUUUAAAUUUAACAGAUAUAUGAGAAAGAAUCUUCCUAAAAUGCAAAAUGUGAGAUAAACAUGCAAAAAAAUAAGGCAAAAAAAUCUAUUUAUUGCAAAGAAUACUUUAUAUUUUUUGUUGACACUUUGAAAAAAAGAAUAUUUUAUGAUAUAAAAGUGAAAAUUAAAAAUAUAUUAUUGUGUAGAGUGAGGAAUGAAAAUACUGAGAUCUCGAAAUUUAUUAAAUUAUAUUUAACAAAAAAGAAUUGAAGAAAAGAAAAGAAAUCUAUAUAGAUAUUUGUUGUGACUUUCUUUGAAAAUUCUUUUGAGUUUCUUUAUUUUUAUAAAGAAUUUAUUUUUUUCUAUGUUCUAUUCACAUUAAGAAUGCAAUUAGGCCUCAUGCCUAGAAUAUGAAAUAAAUGGGGAAUAGGGUAAGAAUGAACGAACGCUUUACUUCGGAUGCUCUCGAAUUUGUUCGACUGAAUACGAUGGAAAAAACGAUCAUUCAUUCGUUGAACAUUUCCCCCCUCCAUUCCACUCCAUUGGGUGGAGUCUGAGUGCAUUCUUUCUUCAAAUAGAACAAAUUAUGAAGAUAAAAGAAUUGAGAAUUAAAUUACUUUUAAAUAUUCUUUUAUUUUCUAUUCAAUCAAGAGAAAAUUAUUCUAUAGAAAUACUUUAUCUUUUUAAAUUAUUCUUCCUGAUUAAGAAUUUAAGAUGCAAAAAAAAUUGUGAAAGUUCACGCAUGAAAAAAUCACGAAAUCUACUCAAAAAUAAAUUACAAAAGAAUAAAAAAAGCGCUUAAAGAAAAUCGUUAAAAGUGAUUUAAAAAACAUAUACAAUUCGUUUUAAACUCGAAACGGAACAAGUGAAAUUAGAAAACAAGAAUUUAUAGAAGAGAAAUUCUUGAGAAAUAAAAUGCGAUGAAAGUGAAUAACGUCCCACAGAUGUAUAUUUGAUAGAAAACAAAAAGAAAAAAAUAGAUGAAAUGAAAGAGAAUAUUGAAGAAACAAAAGAAAAAAAAUAGGUAACAAAAAUAAUUAUAAAGAGAAAUCAAAUUUAAACAAAAAGAAAACCUUUUGAUUUCUAUUUUCUUUCAAUUUUCAUUAAUUGAAAGACUUUUUUUGGUUUUUCUUCAAUGCCAACCCUCCUUGUUGAAAUUUUUAAUAAUUAAACAUUAGGUACCUAUCUACAUUUUAAGUUGUUUUCUUUUUCCUAGAACAAUCCUUAGAAAUAUUUUGAAAGAAAUUUGAAUUUAAAGAAAAACUUGACAUUUUAUUGUUAAAAAAAAUAAAGAAAAUGAAAAAUGUACUUUGUAAUAAUACUGUAAUGCUAAAAUUACGUUUUAUGUAUGGUAUUUUACCAAAAAAAAAAUGAAAUGGAAACACAAAAAAGAAAAUCCAUGAAAAAUAGCAAAUAUAGAAAGAGAAUUUAAGAAAAUAUUUAAAAAAAGAAGAAAAAUCCGACUAUGGUACACCGAAAAUCUGAAAAUAUUCCGAUUGAUUGAGUUUUAGAUGCAUUAUUUAAUUGAAAUGAAAAUCGUAAUCGUCAAACCUUGUAAAAAGAUUUAUUAAUAAAAUAGUAUCGAUCAGUGGUAACAAAAAAAAUAAAUAAAUAAAAUUUAAUUUAGCGAAACUCAAAUUCAAUCAAAUUGUUCAAUAAAAGAAAUUAGUAAAAAAAAACUGUCGUAGCGUAAAAAACAAGAAUGGAGAUUGAAAGAAAGCAAAAAACAUAACAAAUAAUAUAAUUCAUGUUUCAUUGCACUCUUAAAAAAGAUGAAGAAAAAAGAAUUAUAUUUAAAAAUGAAUGAAAAUAGAAUAAAAAAUAAAACAAUUUAAUGAUGAAAAAAAAAUAAAAUAAUAAACCCUCCCUUCCAAAAAACCGAAAUAUAUAUUAACAAAAUAGAAAGAAAAAAGAUGUAUAAAAAAACAUAUUUCCAUAGAAAUGAUAAUAAACAAAAAAAGCAAACUCUAUUCUUAGCAGAAAGAAGAAAUUUAAAAGAAAAAAAACCUAAUAUUAAUUGUAAAGAAAAAAAAACAAACAAGAGUCCAAUAGAAAAGAAAAAAAAAACUAUAAGAACUUACUUAAACAUCUCUUUUUUCGUUAAAAAAAGCAUUUUUUAUACAUACAAAAAAAAACACACCGAAUAACUUUUUCUAUAUUUGAGGGAUAAUUUUUUGAAAUAUUGUUUUUAAUAUAAAAACCUUCAGUAUUUUCGAUAGAAAAAAAAGUGAGAAAAAAUAUUUAAAAUAUAUUUAAAGAAAAAAAAACAACAAUGAACUGCGGACAGUUGAGUGAAAGUGUUUAGAAAGAAGUAACAAAACGAAAAAAAAAAUGGGUAUUAGCGAGUUGCGAAAAAAGAUAAAAAAAAGAGACCAAAAAUGUUUUUAAUACACACCUAUAGUGUUUAAUAAGUAAUGAAGAUAAAAAAAAGAACUUUAAAAAAUGAAUUUAUUGUAAUACCUCAAGAAAACACAUAAAAGAAAUUGAUGAACAACACACAAACACUAGGCAACAAAAAUUUUCUUAAAUAGUAGAAGAAAGGUGAUUUUGUUUUUAUCUAAACGAUAUUACUUUCAAUCGUUUACUUUAAAACUCUUAUUUGGGCACAAUUUUGGGGGUUUAGUUUAAUUGAAAUCGAAUGAAUUUUGAGAAUUAUUCAUUAAUAAAAAAAAACCUUCUCAUGACCUGAAGAGGUUAAUUUCUGUGAGUAGGGGUGUGCUUAACAUUAAUAAAAUUAAUUUUAACAUCUUUAUAGAACGUUGCUGGCAAUGAUCACCUCGAGUACUUACAGCAUUUAAACCUAAAACAAAAAGUGGGAAGAUUGAGGAUUUUAUUAUUCUUUAAUAUAUUCAAGAGAUUCCUAAAAAAAUCUUUUAACCUUUUUUUUUAACGGUUUAAUAUGUUUUAUUUUGCAUGAAGAAAAUAAUUCCUUUAAGAAAAGAAAUUUUUGGAAAGAUUUUAUCGGUUUUAUUCAAUUCCACAAAGCUAAUUAAUUAUCGUCGCAAAGAAAGGUUUAAAUUAAAACCCAGAAGGUUUAAUUUAGGCAUUAAUUUUCUCUCACUAGAGGGCUAUUUCUUACGCAACGACCUCUAGGGUGUAAUUUAUUACUUUCAUUCAGCAGUAAAAAUUGAGAUCAUUUGGAAUUCAUUAAUUUUAAUAAAUUACUUCAUUGCUUAAUUUUCUCACAGAGACAUCUAGCGUGAAAUUUAAUUUGAGAAAAAAAUUCUUUGAAACAUUGCAACAGUCAUUAAAGGGAUAAUUCAAACCGAACUAAAUAAAAGUAAAACUAACUAUAAAAGCCCUCAAAUGCCCAAUUCUAAAAUUUUAAUUUUUUCUACAACAAUAAUCUCUUAUUUAUUAUUAUUAUUUUUCUCCAUUAUAAAAUUACAUACAAUGCAUAAUAUUCAGCCCCCCUUCAGCUGAAAAACUCAUUGAAAUUUAACAAAAUAAAUUGCGGAACAUUUACACAUGGAUGGUAUGUUAUGAGAACGUUUAUUGAUCGUGCGGAAAAGUUGCCAAAAUAGAAACCAAAACAAAAAAAAUGUGAAAUUGUUAGGAAAGUUUAAAAAAAACCAAAAAAUAAUAAUAAUAGAAAUUAGAAAGGAAAUUGUGCCGAAGAAAUGAAUAAAGAGAAAAAAAUAUGACUGCUAGAGGGAGUUACUGAGAGGAUGAAUAUAUUUUGUGUAAAAUUGUGAGGAAACUAAUAAGCAAAAAAAAUGUGGGAGUUUGCAGUCUUUUAAAAAAAUUGGGCACGAAAAUAUAACGUUCUCUAAUUCAUCCUGUUUUUAAUAAGGAAAGAAAAGAAAUGUGAAAGAAAAGAUGGAAAAUGUGGCUUUCUGGAGGUUUUUCUUUGAUAAUGGAGGCGAAAAGGAAAAUUUUCAGAGAUUUAUUUAAAAAAAAAUCCCGGGAUGUUCACUCAAUGCGAGAAGGAUGAAAAUUGCACAAGAAGAGGAUUUGUAAGCCACAAAAGUCGAGUGAAUAUCCACGGGACGUCCACUGACUCACAGAAACGAUGAGGGUUGCAUUUAUGCGCAAAAUUAAUGAUUAAGAUUUACUUUAAAUUGAGAUUCCUUCGAAAAUCUAAGAGAAAAAAACGAUCUAAAAGAGAAAGAAAAGCUCUUUGUGAAGCAUUUUAAAUUAAAUCUGAAUCCUGUUGCAUAAGUGGAGCCCUCUGGUGUGUAGAAGAACUUCCCCACAAUGUGAAAUGUGGCGCCAUCUCGUGUGAAAGCAAAUGCACGGGAUAAUGGCUGAGACCAUCAUGUAGUUAUAUGUUUGCUCAUAGCCAUUAAUCCCAUCGCGCUUAACGAUAUGACUCCACAAUUUCCCGCCAAAAAGGACAAUAAAUCCCCACGCAAGGAGAUUCUUUAGGAGUUGGUGAAAAGAUCUCGAGGAAUUAGUUUCUAACUCUCUGGCAUUUUUUAACCAAUUAAAGGAGAAAAGUUUCUCCCUGCUUUUUGAGGAAUUAUUGCUCCACGUCCCGCAAAAAAAUCUAUUUCCGUCAUUUUUUAUUUUUCUAACGUAACUUUCUGGUCAGAUGUCGUAGUCUGUAAGUCAGUGGAUCCUUCCCAAAAACACUCAUCAUGAAUUAUUAAUUUUUUAGUUCUCAUCUCCCCUCCUUUGUCCACUUCCCCAUUCUCUACAAUUUGCCAUUGACUGUGUCACCGGAAUUUCACGGAAUUUGGCUGGAAAAUCACAACCCCUUUCGGAAUUUCCCGAGAGGUGCUUACUGCCCAGGCAUAUGUAGGGGCUCAAAUGAGACACACUCGAAUUCCGGCGUAUCCGCUUUAAAGCUCAGACGACGAUUCAGCCUCGGUGCCCCCAAAGUGUCGACACAACAUCUCCGGACAUGGGGGGCGUGUUCCCAUCACUGUUUUUUUUUAAAUUCUUUAAAAGAAAAAAAAACAGAGCGUGGGGCACGUUUGUACACCGAGGUGGGGCUAUUUUGUUAAUCGUCGCCAUUUAGACCGAACUGUAUCCCACCCCCGCACUGAAAGCUCUGAAAAAACUUUUGUAUACAUAUUAACCACAAUUCCACUUACUCACGGGGCUCCCACAGUGCGAACGAGGGGGGAUAUGGGGGCGUGAUAUUAGUUAAGUACUGUGUCUCACAUACAUUUGCCCAGGUGGUGACCACUCUCUCCUAUUUAUUCCAACCCCAAAACAACCCCCAAAGAAGAAGAAAAUCUAUCCUUCCCCCCCGGGGAUCCACAUCAAAUUGAAAACUCCUUUGAAGUCCUUUGAAAUGGAUCCUCUGUGGCAUUAAAAAAACAUUCGCGCGUUUUUCAUCAACCCCCCUCCCCCCAACACCCUGAACUUCCUUCUAACAAGAGAAAAAAAAACGUAGAUUUUUAAGAAGAUUGAACAUCUUAACUAAAAAAUGAUGAUGAAGAACACUUGAAACACUUAGAAACAUGACCACUCUAAAUAAAUGGAUUUUGCGAUUAUAAUUCAGAAAAGAUUUGCAUUAUUUAAAGAAAAAAAAAAUGAACAACAUUAUACCCUAUUUAAAGAAGAAGAAGAAAAAAGAGAAAAGAUGCAAAACUACACGAGAAAAAUCUUUAAAAAAAAAUAGAAAAAUUAGUGUUCGAAGUAAGAAGAAGAAAAAAAUUUCAUAUAAACUAUUAAUUAAAUAAAUGAAAGAAAAAAAAACUAUGUAAAGUCUAUUUCGAUUUUUUGGUGUUUUAAUUAACAGGAGAAGUUUAAGAAAAUGAAAUAAAACAAAAUAGCAUCCAGCGAUGAAAGAAUUCACGAAACAACAACAACUAAAUAAAUAAUUUGAAGAUGAAAAAAAGGGGGUGUGCAAAAGAACCAUCUCCCCCCUAUGAAGUCAUUAACAACUGAGAACCAUAAAAAAAAACAAACGUCUGUUGAAGCCAAUACCAAUUUCCCAAAAAAAAAGAAAAGAAAAGAGAAAGAAAGAAAAGAAAUAGAUAAAACAUAGAAAAAAUAUAUGAAAUUUGAAAAAAAGAGAUAUGAAACAAAAAUUACCGAAAAAAUUAUUAUUAAAUUAUUAUAAAUAUAUGUAUAUGUGAUUAUGUAAAUUAGGUUUAAUGAAAAAAAGAAAAAAUAUUAUAAAAUUGUGAAAUAGAAGAAUUAAAUGUAACUAAUUGA